GGGUAUGGAACCACGUUAUAACUUUUGGAAACAAGAUGCUUGUCUUCGAGUUCCCCAUGGCACGCCUUACCUUUGUCUCGUAACUAUAUGUAGCUGGACAACGGAUUCCUCUUGGUGCAGCUGUACCUAAAUAGUACGGAUGUACUGUAACUUACGAGGAACGAGACCUAUAACCACUGGGCAUAACCCAAAACUUGUCAAUUCUGAGAGAAACCUUAUACGUUAUUUGAAACUUUUUUUUCAUCUCUAUGAAUAUAAUUUCUUAGGCCCCUCUCCCUUUUUUGCACGUGAAUUUGUAAAUUAUAAAGGUCAGUAACCCAUCUUUCAACGGACAAAAUAUUCACCUGUGGACUUUGAGUCCACGGUACAUUCUCUCGGCGCCUUAUUGAUGGAUAUGCCUGUGUGGAUGCGAAAGACGUUGAGUAGGGGUUCAGAAAUGCGGGUGGGCAUUUGUGGAGCUGCACAACAAGCAGCUGAGGUCCUCCUUAGCAGGAUGGUGUCAGGUGAUAUGUUUGGCUCAGAACACAGCUUGCAGUUGACACUGCAGGACAGUGCAAACAAACUGGAAGAUCUGCAGUUGCUGGCUGAAGAUUUGAUGGAUGGCUGUUAUCCCCUUCUUUCAGGACCUAUUACAACAGCAACGACAGUUUUGGAUUCUGUAGAUGAUAAUGAUGUAAUCAUUCUGCUGAUGCCACGGAGAAUUCCUCACCAUGAUUCACAUGAACUUUUGAGAGAAGUGGUUAAUGCUGUACAAGAUUAUGCCAAAGGCCUGAAUCUCUUAAGUACAUUGGUUCUUCAGGACAAGGUUAUUGUUGUAGCUGGUGGAAUGGCAUCAGUUGCAGCAGGCAUUCUUGCAACUCUAUCGCCACACUUACAUCCACACCAUGUCCUUGCUGUUGAAGUCCCUGCCUAUGAUGACCAAACAGCUAAGCAGGAAGGUGGUUAUCGUUUGUCAGAAAUGAUCUGUCAAGCUGUGCAUCAAUGGUGGUCAGGUGUUCAAGAAAGGAAGGAGUUGACGGUAGGAAUGGGCUGCUACCAUGGAAUUCCCAGGAUGCCAUCUCUCUGCUUCUUGCCCAUGCCAGUGAAAGUUAUUGCCCCUCUCACUCUUGAAGUGAGUUCAGAUGCUCAUCCUGAGUGGAAUCAUAUAAAACAACAAAUGGACAAUUUCUCUCAGGCUCUAUCAAUCCUUGGGCUUGCUGAAAGACCAGGAAGGCAAUCCAUAAUGUGUGCAUGUAAAUUGUGAGGAAUGGAAUGCCAAUGCAGGGAUCUUCUCAACAGCAGUAUUUUUAAGUUAAAACUUUGUAAGUAGGAAACUACAUAUUCAACAUUCACACUACACACCACUGUGUAAUAUUUACACCAUGUGUAUGGCAUCACUAAGAACAGUGAUUGUCAUGAAGAGCAGGUGAAAACUAAAUGUAGCCAAUUUAGGAAUCUGACUUGUCAAUACAUUUGGAAUGUGACCUUGACAUUUAAAAAUCAUCUGCAUGAAAAGUACCUAUUAAAAAAAAAAAUCAUACAAAACAGUAAACAACAUAAACACAAAUGAUGCAAUUUUAAAAGCUGCAAAAAUCUACUUUCUGACAACUAUUGAUCCUGAGACAGCACUUUCCUGUAAUUAUACAGGAUAUUAGGUAUACUAAGUGGAAUAUUCAAAAAUAAUUUCUAUGCUGCAUUUCACAAAAUAAAACAUCCAGACUGGCUAGUCCUGACGGGUGUGCUAGGACUUUUAGAAAUUGUGUUUAUACAGUAUUUCACUGAACAACAUACUAUUAUGACAAAAGAGUGUGAAUAGCAUUAUACCACUAGACCUGAGGAUCAUAUCUGUGCCAAUAUAACAAAUUUUGCAACCAUUUUUUAUCUCUUGAUCUCUGUUUUCUGAAGUUUUUCUAAAGUUUCAACUU